AUGCGACCGAUAUUAACACUGGUACUGUCGGCGCUGCCGGCGGCGCUGGCAGUGUACAAGGAUGAAGUGGGCGACAUUGACUUCCAUCAUGAGCUCGUUGGGCUGCCGCAACAGGACACGACCUUCUUCCACCGCCCGCGCCGCGAUGACCGCGCCUCCCUCCUCUACACCCUCUCCGACCUCGGCAUCCUCGGCGCCAUCAACCCGAGCAGCGGUGCCGCGCUCUGGCGCCAGCAGCUCCCCGAAGAUGCCGACGGCGUACGCCACCUGAGGGCCGCCGAGGGCGAGGGUUGGGUCGCCAGUGCCUCUGGGGACACAGUGCAGGCCUGGGAUGCCGUCAACGGCCGCAACAUAUGGUCGCGCGACUUUGCAGGCGAGGAGGUGCGCGAUCUUGAGGUCAUGGAGAUGGCCGUUGAGGGCGAGGGGCACAAGGACGUGCUGGUGCUGUACUACAAGGAGGACGGCGGGGUCACGACACUGCGGAGGCUGCGUGGCACCGAUGGCGCCGUGGUCUGGGAGUUCCGUGAGGUGACCAAGGAUCUGCCUCUGCAGGUCAGCACCGACCUCCAGAAGGUGUUUGUGGUUGGUCUGCACGGGUCGCCGGGCUCCUAUGGCCUCAAGGUUGCCGUCCUCGACGUGCCCACCGGCAAGAGGAUGGACGACAUCAGCAUUGCGACCAAGUCGGACAUCCAGAGCUCCAAGGACCUUAUCCUAGUCGGUGCAAACUCGGCCAUGCCCAUUGUUGCGUGGACCGAUAAUGCACUUACCACACUCAGAGUCAACGUCUUGGGAACCAAGGCCAAGCAUGACUUUCCCCUUGCAGCUGGCACCAAGUCGGUCGAGAUCCAUGCCCCUCACUCGAUUCAGUCGGACCCUCACUUCCUUGUCCACAUGCGCACCGACAGUUCCAACACGGCCGAGGUCUUCCACAUCGACCUGAAGACCGCUGCCGUCAAAAAGGCCUACGACCUACCGUUGCUCGCCGGCAAGGGUGCCUUCUCGACCAGCUCUGACGGCGCCAAUGUCUACUUUACCCGCAUCACGCAGAGCGAGGCGAUCCUUCUCGCCUCCACAUCCGAGAAGCCCCUUGCCCGCUGGGCUCUCAAGUCUGGCAAGGUUGCUGAGGACAACGUCGUCAACGCUGUCCACGCAGUGUCUGAAGUCAUCAAGAAGUCCGAAUCCAGCUUCGCGGUGCGCGCUGCGGCCCUCACCGACGCCGACGACUGGGUCAUGGUCCAGAACGGCCAGGUGGCGUGGUCGAAGCCUGAAGGUCUCACCGCAGCCGUCGCGGGUGCCUGGGCCGAGAUACCAGAGUCGGAGGAGCUCGCAAAGUCCCUCGAGGCCGAGGCACACAGCAGUCCCGUGUCUGCUUAUAUUCACAGGGUCCAGCGUCAUAUCAAUGACCUGGAGCACCUGCCCGAUUAUCUCAACAAGCUUCCACAGCGCUUCAUCAACAGUCUGCUGGGCACCCAUGUGGGCGGUAACGACAAGAAGCUUGAGAGAGACGGUUUCGGCUUCAACAAGAUUAUCGUCAUUGCCACUGAGCGCGGCAGCAUCUACGGCUUGAAUGCUGGCGAUCGUGGUCAAACUCUGUGGCGACACAAGGUGGAGGAUUCCUCCAACUGGGAUGUCCAGGGCAUGAAUGUUGAUAACUCCCAGGGCACGGUCACUAUCCGUUCCAGCAGUGGCCAAACCUUGGUUUUGAAGACAGACAAUGGCCAAGUCCUGGAUACCACUGCUGCUGAUUCGACAUCCCAGCUCCAAAGUGUUGCCCUGGUUGAUAGCGCCUCGGGACCGUACCUUUUGUCCAUUCCCAAGGACGGCCAGAUUGGACCUCUCGCUGCAGACAAGGCCCCGAAGCAGACUCUUGUCGUCCGCAGCGGUGAAACGUCUCUUCGUGGUGUCAAAUUCCUGACUGAAAAGGAUAGCACUGAGGCUAAAGAGGCGACCACAUGGGUAUUCACUGCACCUAAGGGCGAGACAAUUAUCGAAAUAGCCAAGCGUCCCCAGCACGACCCCGUAGCUUCCAUCGGCCGCAUUCUCGGCGACCGCCGUGUCCUAUACAAAUAUCUCAACCCAAACACUAUAGUCGUACUCACGGCCAACCCCACCGCUUCGACCAUGACCACGUACCUCCUCGACACCGUUUCGGGCGAGACGCUGUCUUCGUCGACGUACGAGGGCAUCGACACCACUCAGCCGGCCUCGUGCACCAUGUCGGAGAACUUCUUCAUCUGCACCAUGUUUGGCGACUACACCCUCCGCGAGGACCCCAACCAGGCCAUCAAGGGCCACCUGCUUACCGUCACAGACCUCUACGAGUCCGAGUACCCAGACGAUAGGGGCCCGCUCGGCGACGCCGCCAACUUCUCGUCCAUCGCGCCCCUCGACGACCCAACCGCCCCGAUGCCCCUGCCCAAGGUCUUGAGCCAGACGUGGGUGCUCGGCGCCCCCAUCUCGGCCCUGGCACUCUCUGUCACCAGGCAGGGCAUCUCGAGCCGCCAGCUGCUGGCCUACCUGCCGCACUCGCGCCAGAUCGCCGGCUUCCACCGCGGCUGGCUCGAGCCCCGCCGCCCCGUCGGCCGCGACCCCACCCCCCAGGAGCUCGAGGAGGGACUGUCCCGCUACGCGCCCGCCAUCGAGAUCGACCCCAAGACGGUCGUGUCGCACGAGCUCGAGAUCCUCGGCGUCAGGCGCAUCGUCACGAGCCCCGCCAUCGUCGAGAGCACGAGCCUGGUGCUCGCCUACGGCGUCGACGUCUACGUCACCCGCGUCGCGCCUAGUUAUGUCUUUGACAUACUCGGCAAGGGCUUCAACAAGAUCAGCCUGAUCGGGACCGUGCUGGCAUUAAGUGCUGGUGUCGCGGCUCUUGGUCCCAUGGUUAGAAAAAAGCAGAUGGACAUGAGGUGGAGUGCUCCUGCAUAA